AACACAAUAUAGCAUUAUCAAACCUUUCUAAACUCCCUCUUAAGUCUCCAACUCUCUAUCAUUCACAAGUAGAAUUAUUUGCUUUUCAAAUGGGGGCUUUAUCCAGUUCUUCUCCCUCCAAAUCCAAGAAAUCAACUAACAACAAGGGUGUCAAAGACAUUGCAUUAACAGGAGUAGGCAACCUCAUUAAGCUCCUCCCUACGGGCACGGUCUUCUUGUUCCAGUUUCUCAACCCCGUCUUAACCAACAAUGGCCACUGCAACACCUCAGUUAAUAAGUAUUUAAGCGCCACUCUCAUUGCCAUUUCCGCCUUCUCUUGCUGCUUUGCUUCCUUCACCGACAGUUACACUAGUAGUGAUGGACAAACUCACUAUGGAAUUGCAACAACAAAGGGUCUCUGGCCAUCAACGAGUUCCGGUUCUGUGGACUUGUCUGCUUACAAGCUUCGGGUUGGGGACUUUGUGCAUGCCUUCUUUUCCUUGAUCGUGUUUGCAGUGGUAUCACUUUUGGAUUCCAACACUGUGAGGUGCUUUUAUCCUACAUUUGAGUCCACUGAGAGGGUUUUGCAUAUGGUGUUGCCUCCUGUAAUUGGCACUAUUGCCGGCACUGUCUUUGUUGUCUUCCCUAAUAAACGCCACGGAAUCGGGUACCCUUCUUCAAGUUCAGAUUCUUCCCAAAACUCAGAGGAGUCCUAAGCUUCCACAUAUAAAACUCACAACCUAUUGCAUCCGUACAAGAGUAUUGAUAAGAAGCAUGCUUGAUCGGUUUGGCUUUCCAUUAUUUAUGCUUUUCAUAUUGUUUUAGCUUUCAUCGUGUGUUUCUUGAUAGUUUGCCGGAGCCAUAAUGUAUGAUUUUCAAUGUUUUCAUAUUGUUUAAGCUUUCAUCAUGUGUUUCAUAGUUUGUUCAAGUUUCUUGGUUCGAUUCUUUUGUAUGCA